CCGGAACAAGUGUCCAUUCCACAGUAGUAUGAGCGCUCACCGGUUGCAGAGAUGGAGUCUCAACUUGUGCUAGUGUGAAAAGCAGGACGAAUCGUCAAUUGUGCGCCAAGUUUGUAAAUUGCGUUUUUCCUUUCCGCUUCUCUACGUUUUGACAGAAAUUAUAAGCACCGUGCAUUUCUUCAGUCUAUGAGUAUUGGUAAAUGUGCACCAAAUAUGGACCUGAAGGGUUUGUUACAGCAUCAGAAGAAGAUUCAAUCUCUUCCGUCGAUUUUGAUCUCCACCGUUCCACGAAGCCCGAGGAGUAUGCGACCAACACCAUCACAAGACAGCCAGGCCGGCUACCAUUUCGCGAUUGGCGAGAUGGCCUAUGCGAUUGUACCAACGACUGUCACGGAUGCUGGUGCGUAACCUUUUGUCCGCCAUGCUAUCUGUGCUACCUGUACUACCGGUAUGGAGAACAUCCGUGCGUUGCAUGUCUUAAUCCGUGCGCUGUGGCAGCUUUGCGAACAUUUCACCGAGGACGGGAACGUAUACGGGGCACUCUAUUCGAAGACUGCCUGUUUGGAACAGUUUGCCUUCCAUGUACUAUCUGCCAAGUGGAUCGUGAUAUGAAGUACUGUGAGCUGGUGCGGGGUUACUUGGACGUCUGAAACCUGACACUCAGGAUGCGGACUUAAAUUUCACAUCGCAGUGCAGAUUUUGAGGCUGUAAAAGUUGUGAAACAAUAUCGGAAGUUUUGUUUACCCUUACGCUGAUGAUUAGGAUGACACUGCAGCAUUCACCGCUACUCGGACCGUUUCAUUUCGGUCACGUUUGAUUUUCUUCAGUGUAAAUAUAAACGGCGCAUAUUUAUCAUUUCAUGCGCAAA